AUGCCAAGUAUGGAUAAUACUGUUCCUGCAAUGAUGUCUUCACCGAGUGAGACUGAUAUCACCAACGACUCGGAUAGCUCUCCCAGUCGCACAGAUUCUCCAUCUGACACUCAGAUUUUGUCUGACAUUCAAGAAAUCUCGGAUGCUGAGAUGAUGGUUAGUGUCGCAGCUUCCAUGAAAUCUGCAGCUGACAAAAGUUCAUCAAAGAGCGAUUCGCCAAUAAAAACAACACGUGAAACUCGCAUCAAGAGACCAAUGAAUGCAUUCAUGGUGUGGUCACAACAACGGAGACAACAGAUUGCUGCAACAGGCCAGAAAUUUCACAAUUCGGACAUUUCGAAAAUGCUCGGAGCUGAGUGGCGUAAGAUGGCCGAUGAUGAGAAAAUUCCAUUUGUUGACCGCGCCAAACAACUCCGUGAAGAACACUUUCACACCUACCCAGACUACGUCUACAGACCAAGAAGAAGAAAGCGUAUCGGAAAAAGCACGGGAAGUGUUGAUAGUGUCAGCACUGAUGAGGCAUCCGGAUCUCCAACUGCUUCAACUAACAUCUAUGCCGCUUUCUUCUCAGAGCUACUCAUGUACAUGAAGAACAACCAACACAUCAAUUCGGCUGCUCACAACGCUGCGAGCAUUGUUUAA